AUGACCAUGAGUAGCAAUAUUGGGCAAUUUGGUGACACAACUUUGACCAAAGUUUUCGUUGGAGGGUUAGCUUGGGAGACACCCAAAGAAGCCAUGAGAGAGCAUUUUGACAAGUAUGGAUCAAACGUUGGACCGAGGGUCACAUCACCUGCACCAGCCCCUCAUGUUCAGUGGUAUUACCUAACAGCGUCGCCGUUUCGUCAUCAGCAUCAUCAGGCCGUUCCUUUUCACGGUUACUCUCCUGCCUACAUUGCCACAGAUAUCAGCUACAACCAUAAGCUAAGCUACAGUGGAGGAUCCUACACCAAUGGGCAUAUCUCUCAAGUGUAUCCAGCGGGGCAGGCUAUGGUGGGUGCCAAUGCAUUGAUGCCAAUGUACCCUUUCUAUCACUACCAUCAAUCACAGACAAUGGGAUUUCCAGCAGCCACCCACAUCUUCCCACGAACAGCUGGGCCCAUCAACACAGUCCCGGCUGCUGCUGCUGCUGCUGCUACUGCUGCCAUCAUCUCAAAACCAGCGGCACUAAUUGCCCCUAAUUCAGGUACAACUGGCACAGGUGAAAGCUUUAAGAAGAAGGUUUGCUAA